CGAGAGCAUGCCCCGCGCAGAAGCGCACAAAGCCUCCAUGCGCCUGAAAGCCAUGGUCCAAGGCGACGGCGCCGUCCGGCCAGAGACGCCCUUGGAAGCGCUCUUCGACCGCGUCCGCAAGGCGUUCCUCGCAGUCGACCACGCGCAGGGCAUGCACGCGCUCACCACCUGGGUCGCCUGGUUCGACAACGCGCACGCGCGCGACAUGGGCUCCUUCAGCACCUUCGACGAGUUCGUGGCCUACCGGCGCGAGAACUUCGGCUGGCCGGCUAUCUGUGGGAUGCUGAUCUAUGCGAUGGACAUCGACAUUUCCGCCGAGGAGAUCGCGUCCGUCCAGCCGCUGCUGCGCCCGGCCGCGCUGUCGAUGAUGUAUACCAACGACUACUGGAGCGUUGCGAAGGAGCUGCGGGCGGUGAGCAAGGGGGUGGCGUAUUCGAUGGACUGCACGAGCGCGCUGAUUAAGAUGGAGGGCUUGUCGGAGGAGCAGGCGCUGGGGAAGGUGAAGAGCCUUGCCAUGCAGUAUGAGGAGGAGGCGAUGGGGUUGGCCAAUGAGCUUCUGGGUCCUGGGUCGAAGCUCCCUGAGAAUGUCCAGCGGUAUGUUCAAGGCGUGUAUUGGGUCAUUGGAGGGACGGGUUUGUGGAGUGCGACCUGCCCGCGUUACCACGGCGGCGUUGGGACUUGAUCAAUCCCUUCGGGACUUCCGGAUCGCCCACUCUCUCCCAUGGUGGUGGGACUGGUGCUGAUGGAGGUACGCUCUGGAUGUCGAAGAUCCGCGGUGAGUUCACCGGCCACGUGAUGGGCACCUUCCCAAGGUCUCCAUUGUACACUACCCUGAAGAGUGUACUUCUCUUUUGAAGCUAGAAAUAUUGGUCAAGUGUUGGGGCAUGGGUACCGACGCCUACACUAGAUGAUCUCAAGAGGUGUUUACAAGGGCUUGUUCAGUCUUGGUUUGCACGGUGCACCUUCCUUCUCUUUUACGGGGAGAUUAGACGGUAGACUAAAGAAGUAGA